GUCUGUCAAUGUCAUUUCUGUUGGAAAAAAGAUGCAGAAGGUCGUGCAGCGAAAUGAGCGUAAUUUGCGUGAAAUUAUUUGCAAAUAUAGUUGAAGACAGUGAGAAAAUAUAUAUAUCAAGAGAACUUAGCUUUAUGUGUGUUUAGAUUAAGAGCAUAACAGGAACAUCCUUAUUGUUACUAGCCAUAGACAAGUUUUAUGUGUUGAGCUCGAUCAAAGGUCCUACGUAUGUGAAAACGUUUUCGUGUAUUUUUUCGGCGGUGGGGAGACGAUCGCGGAUCUUAGCCAACAAGAAGCAUCAAGUGGAAGCCAUUGUGGUUUCCGUGGAGAAGAUAAAGAAGCGGGUCCAUUUGCCCAUUGUCCCCACUUUCAAUACAGCAGCAACGCAGGAAUGAGCGAAAUUUGGGUCGGUAAGGCGGUCUCGAUCCACUGCCUUUCGGACAUAGGUGUCUUCCAGGGUGUCAUCUCGCGGGUCAGCCCUCUGGAAAUUGUGAUAACAAGGGCAGUGCGAAACGGAAUUCCAUUCAAAAGAGACGAUGUUGAGGUUACUUUGAAUUGUAAGGACAUUGAAAGGGUGGAAAUGCUUUCCGAUGUACCCUGUUUCGAAUCACUCCCGAGCCAAUCGGACCAGUCGGAUGAUUCCAUCGAUGCGGAGCUAGAAGCUCUGAAAAUCGUUGUGAUGAAUGCAGCUACCAGUCAGAACAAAUCUCCCAAAAACACCAAUGUGAAGCAGGCUUCAAAAUCUCCGGUGCCAAUCAAGUAUAAUAAUGGUCAGAUCAAAAAUGGAUUUGAGAAUGGAUCUACCAAAAGCACCAGUCGGCCAAUAGAUAUAGCCGGUGCCGGAACCUUUAUGAAAGGAGUUCUAUCCACGUCGUACAAAAGUGACAACCUGAGGAAAAAAUCUCGCAACGGAAAUGGUAACAACUAUAACAAUCGCUAUUCCAACAAAAACUCCACCUUCGGGACACCUGUGGACGAUCCGAUAAUGGAUGAGGAGUUUGACUUUGAGAAAAAUCUUGCCCUAUUCGAUAAGCAAGCCAUUUGGGAUGAGAUCGAGUCAUACCAGCAAAGGCCGGACACUACGCGGCAGAGGGCUUCGAGGAAGAAAUAUCGUCACGACGAGAAUGUGCUCACCUCGGAACCAGCCCAAUAUCGGCAAAUAGAGCUGAUAAGCAGGGUUCCGGAAGCAGCAACCACCAUCGGUCAAGAGUACGUAACGGAUGAGGGGUUAGUCAUCCCAUCGAUACCUCGCAGCACUCGUGACCUCAUUCAACAGCUAGCGGAAAACCGUGGUUUAUCGAUUGAGCGUCAAAACGAUCUCCUCGCGCGGGGCGCCUCCGAGAUUGCCCUCCAACUGCUGGGAGGCUCGCGACGUCUAACGCCCAACAAUCAGCACCAGUGGCCAAGGAUUGUGAUCAUAUGUGACGAACCGUACAACGCAAGACUGAGUGAGAUUGGUAUCGUCACCGGACGAUUGCUUGCCUGCCACGGUUUGGCGGUGAUCCUUUACGUGACCCGUGCGAUAAAAUCCACCAGAAUCAGCAACGAGCUGGAGCUGUAUGAGGCGACCGGCAACGUGGUUACUUUCAACGCUCAACUCCUUCCAUCCUGUGAUCUAAUCAUCGCCACCGUUAAGUCGCGCUAUCUCAGCGAACCGAUUCGCAAGUGGAUUUCGGUCAGCCGUGCGCCAGUACUCGCCAUUGAUCCGCCGGUCGGAGGAAUUGACUCCGUGCCGACUAAAUGCUCCAUUUUGCCCAUUUUACCGCUGAACGAUUUGGGUCCGGAGUCCGCGUGCGGACGAUUGUACCUUUGCAACUUGGGCAUUCCCAACAAGUUCUUCGUUGAUGCUGGCGUCAGAUACAAAUCGCCGUUCGACAAGGCCAUCAUUCCAAUACACCGGCGGACGGAAUAGAUGAUUCAUCAAAAGUUUCGAGGAAAACACUUCUAGUGUGAAUGGAGCAACAAAAACUGCAUUUUAUAUCGUGUCUCUGACUGAGGAGAAGAGUAUAAUGGGACGAUCGGAAUGAGGCCGUUUCGGACAGAUAUCAUAUUGUUUUUUAUUUCAACGGACAAGAUUCUAUAGCUGAAAAAGAGACACUGACGAGGAAGGAAACAAAAAAAAAGAUGUUCCUUGGAUGUUUCUGAAUGAUUGUCGAAGGUUAUGAUGUGGCACUCCACCGGAAAAUAUUAAAACACCAGGGAACAAGCGCAACAAUGUACCUUUUUUU